GUUUGAUCUCUCCUUUCCACACUCCUUUAGACUCAACCCUGCAGUCACAGCCCCACCCCGCCCCUUCAACCCGGCCUACUGUUAUCCAGGCCAAAUCAUAGAAAUUGCCCAAGAUGUAUCACCACCGUGCAUUGAUCCUGCUCUUUGUCAGCGGUCUCGCCAGAGCACAGCUGCCCAACCUUCCCCAAUGCUCGCUGAAUUGCUUCAUCAGCGCGUUCCAAAAUGACGGAUGCUCGCGCCUCCUCGACUUCGCCUGCCAUUGCUCGAAGCCAGAGGUCGUGCAAGUCGUGACUCCAUGCGUGCAGAAGAAUUGCAAUGCUGCCGAUCAGAGCGCCGUGUCGAACGAGGUUGUCCGGCAAUGCUCCGCGGCGGGCCAUCCGAUAACGCUCCCACCCGUUGCUGGUGCCGAGACCACAACCACAUCCCAGCCCCAGCCCCAACCCACUGCCCCCAACACGAGCGCAUACCCCACCAACACAGGAGCGGUGACUCUCCCCACCAUCUCCUCGGCCGUGACCCCCUCCGUGCCCAAGUCCACACCCGGAGCCUCAGCCACCGCCUCCCACAGCUCCUCGUCACUCAUUCAAGCACCGUCCAGCACCCCCGGAGCGUCCUCAUCUCGCGCAUCUCCCAGCACCCCUCUUGCCACAGGGGCCGGCUCUCACGCUGAGGCCAACAUGGUCGGAGCCGCUCUCGCCGUCGCCGCGGCAGCGUACAUUCUAUAAGCGACGGGGAGGGAGACAGACUUGAGCCUUACUCGACGCCGGUUCUUUCCCAAAAGACACCACCUGUCAACGAGUUCAAUAUUCCGAGCGGCACGAUGGAUGUAACAUCAGGACGAGAGAACGGAUCAUGUAAGGGGACGAUACAUUGUUCUUGGAGGGGUCUUCAUUCGUUCACCGUGUCAUUCGUGUUGUCUGU